AUGCCAGACAUGAUUGCGCUCGGAGAGCUGACUGAAUGUGGCAUAUUGCGGAACCUUUACUUGCGUUAUCAAGAGAACCAGAUAUACACAUACACAGGAUCGAUCCUGAUUGCCAUCAAUCCCUACCGACCACUUCCUAUUUACUCACUGGACACAAUGAAGGAAUACUCCAAUAAGGGUAUCGGUGAACUGCCGCCCCAUCUAUUUGCCAUCGGUGACAAUGCCUACCGUAAUAUGAGAAAGAAUCUAUGUGACCAGUGCAUAAUUAUAAGUGGUGAAAGUGGAGCUGGGAAGACAGAGAGCACUAAACUAUUGCUGCAGUUCAUAACGACAGUAAGCGGAAAGAAAUCGUGCAUUGGACAACAAAUCCUCGAUUCUAACCCAAUAAUGGAGGCCUUCGGAAACGCUAAAACUGUGCGAAAUGACAACUCCUCCCGAUUCGGAAAGUAUGUUGACGUCCACUUUGAUCAGACCUCCGGUCGCAUUGUGAGUGCUCGGAUAGAACAGUACUUGCUGGAGAAAUCUCGUAUCGUCACUCAGGCCCCAGGUGAACGAAACUAUCAUGCAUUCUAUUGCAUGCUUGCGGGCAUGAAAGCGGAGAAGAAAAACCAACUUGGCCUCAAGGAUGUCAGUGCCUACAAUUACCUUGUUCAGAACGAAAACGUCAGUGGUAACACAAAUGAUGCGAACCAUUUUGAAACUAUAAUGUCUACAAUGAAAUACUUGAAAUUUCGAGACAGGCAGAUUGACGAAAUAUGGAAUCUCCUUGCGGCAAUUCUCCACCUUGGCAAUAUUUCCUUUUGCGAAACCCUCAAAGAAAGCGCCGAUGCAAGCAAAAUUGUAGACUCGAACCGAUCUGAACUCCGUUACGCAUCAAACCUACUCGGGAUGAGCCCUGGUUGUCUGGAACGGGCCUUAACCACGAAACGUCUUCUCACGGCCGGAGAAUGUGUCGUCGCGCAGAUCUUGCCGGCCACAGCGAAUACAGUUCGCGACGCUUUCGCUAAGACCAUCUAUGACCAGCUCUUCAAAGCGGACAAAGGCGACCACACCGGCACCGACAUCUCGUCAGAGCACAUCCAGACCAGUGUCCCUAAGUCGCCUUUCAGACGAUCGUAA